AUGGUCUACUGGGACUCUGCUCGUACCCAACCUAUUGAGGAGGGAACCGAUAUCCAGCUGAACUACAAGAUCUGGGUGGAACUGAAGGCAGAUGGACUGGAUAGCAGAAUUGUUGCUGUGGUGAUAGAAUCUUGCUGGGCAACUCAUGACCCAUUAUCCAAUGGGACUCUCAGACAUGACCUGAUCGUGAACAGCUGUGCUAACCUCAAUGAUGGAACAGUGACGGUGGAAAGCAACGGACAAGGAACCACCAGCUAUUUCUCCUUCAACACCUUCAAGUUCUAUGGGCAAACUGGUGACGUCUACCUGCACUGCAGAGUCCAUCUGUGUGGAACCAUCAACAACAACUGUGUUCUGGUGGUGUUUGUGACUCGGGUUGGCGACCAAAUAGACCUUCAGAGUUGGGAUGCACCGAUCCCAUUUUUUUCCCCAGAUUAG